AUGGAGACGGCGCCCUCCAGCGCCGCCGCAGCGGGCUCGGCCGUGCCAUGGACGGUGCUGGCCGGAAACGGGGCCGGGUGGUUCGGGCAGGCCGGGCCAGCACAACAUAGCGCAGCGCAGCACGGUGCGGUUUCUCCCUGCGGGUCUCCUUGCAGCGUCGCAGGGAGGCCCCGCUCUCUGAAGAGAGACGGACAGGUCGGUAGCGGGGGCUGCGUGGAGAACCGCGGGGAGAUCGGGGAAUCCCCGGGCGGCAGGCCUCUCCCCGAGGCACUCUGCUGCAGUGGAGCAGGUGAGUUUGUGGGGGAACAUGGGGCAGCAUCGAACCCAUGGAGAUGCAGAAGCUGCCAGGAGCUUCAGUGUCGAUGCAGAGAGAAGCUGGCUGGCUCCACGAACACUCCUACAGAAAAUCAAUUGGAAGAAGAUUUUGUGAAGCUGUUCAAGAAAUCACUGCGCACCUUCCCAUCCACUGGCCUGCCUAGCCUUCUGGCCUACAGACCUGAAUCGUUACGAGAAAUCUUACAGGCUGAGAUAGAAGAGGACUUUGCUCCAAGAUGUGAGUACUGUGGCAGCCUGCUGAAGCCGUUCCCUUCCUUUGAAGACAUUUGCCCACUGUCACAGGAUUAUGAAUCAAAAUUUUGCUGUGAACAUAAUCGAGACCUCUUUGAGUUCAUUGUGAAUGAGAAGAAGAUAUACAAAGGCACCUGGAACAUUCUCACCGAUGUUGGCCCCCAGAAGACCUGUGAGGGGAAGACCCACAAAGGUGCCUGGAACAUUCCCGUUGAUACCGGCCUCCAUAAGUCCCAUGAGAGGAAGACCCAUGAAGGCAUCUGGAGUGUUCCCAUUCAUGUUAGCACCCAAGAGUCCCAUGAGGGGAAGACCCAUGAAGAUGACGGGAGCAUUGCUAUUGAUGUUGGCUCCCAUGAGUCCCGUGAGGGGAAGACCCAUGAACAUGCCAGGAGCAUUCCCACUGAUGUCAUCCCCAAUGAGUCCCAUGGCACCGAAGUCAACAGGCUGCUGUCAGAGGAGAGGGUGUAUGAGAGGCAGGUGGAGAGACGAUCAACCAGACAGUUAUUUUUGCAGGCAACAAAGGCAGCACUUGCAGCUAAACGUUUAAACGAACCUGGCACAAUUUUCUACCAGCUUUCCCUGGAGCCCCCAUCACCAAACAGCUGGACACUGAUGCCUGCUGAGAGAGCAGCAGAACCCAAGGAGGAGCCCAUCUCCUAUAGUAUCACCUGCUGUGAUUUUACCUCUGUUGGUGGAAAGGUAGUGAAGAAUGAAUUGCUGGAAAAGUACUACAAACAUGGGGGGAAAUUCCUUACCAUGCUUCCAGAUGGAACAGUGCAGUUAUUCUAUCCCUCUGGAAACCUGGCAAUCAUUGUUGUACAGAAGAAAAAAUGUUGUGUUUGCAUAGUACAGGAAGACAAGCCAAGUUACGCUGAAAUACAAGCAAUAUUUAAGUCUGAUGGCAGAAGUACUUGCUAUUACCCAAAUGGAUCUGUGUGGAUACACAUGAGCAUUCAGGGAGGGCAGUAUUUGGACCAAGCAGGCAGCAGGGUGAGGAGGUGGACAUGGCCAAACAGCAUCAUGUCACCAGGACCCCAUGUCCCGCUGAAACCCAUCUUCAUCUCCCUCAACCGGCACGUGGGGGUCAGGAUCCUGGGCCAGGAUAAGAUCACUGUUUCCUUCCUUGCCAUGGGGCAACAAGCAAAAUUCAACGUGGGAACCAAACUGCAGGUCAGCGAUGUCAGCCAGCUGCCUCCCCCUGCUCCGCUGAGUGAAGACGAGCUCCUGCUGCUUGCCUUCAGGGUGAGGAUCCUGCAGCUCUUUGACAGACUGCGUGGAUGCUUAAACUUUCCUUCUAGUGAGCAACGGGACAAACUGAAGCCUCCAGCAUACCUUAUCACACAGACGUUGAAGAUCUUACAGCUUUGCACAAGUUCUGACAUAAGCGAUGAGCUACGCAGCUCAGUCAGGGCAAUAAUAAAUGCUGAAGUCUGACCAGCAA